AAGUGUCAAAUACCAGCCAAAACUAUACAAGUGGUCGACGUGUUUCUUUUUCCUACACUCAAAACUGUGCGACAUUUCCCGUCGUUUACAUCUCCUCUCGUUAUAGAACCCGUGGCCCACAUCUGCAUUCCACUUCGCCCCAUCACCAACAUCCGCCCCCAUCAUGAUUCGGUGUGCCUUACUCACUCUCGGAUCGGUCUUGAUCCGAGUUGCCAACCCCGAAUCGCUGGGCCUUGGCAGUAAGCCCGGGCUUCUCAGCGCCUUGCAUUGGGGCCUCAAGUGGGCGCUGCCCGUAUGGGCUGUAGUCGAGAUCAACCAGGUGUUGAAUCGCUGGGCCGUGAACCGAUGGAGUCUCACCACCGACAAGAGCGCUUGGAACUGGGAGAGCGAGAUUGCCGUCGUCACGGGAGGCUCCGCAGGUAUCGGAGCCUGUGUGGUCAAAAGGCUCGUCUCCUACGGUAUCAGGGUCGCGGUUCUCGACGUGAGCCCUCUCUCCGACGUCUUCACCAAAGAUGAGCUCGUUCUCGUACGAUUCUACAGGUGUGACAUUACUUCGCCAGACAACAUCCGCCAGGCUGCACAGGCUAUACGCGCCGACUGGGGCCACCCCUCCAUCCUGAUCAACAAUGCUGGAAUAGGAAAUGCCUGGCCCAUUCUCGAAAUCUCCCAAGAACGCCUCAAGAGCAUGUUUGACAUCAACAUUCUGAGUCACUGGAGCACAGUCCAAGAGUUCCUGCCAGACAUGCUUGCGAAGAAAAAGGGCCACAUCAUGGCCGUUGCCAGUCUUGCUUCCUUUGUGGCUCUAGCCGGUGCUGCCGAUUACAGCUGCACCAAAGCGGCCGUCUUGGCUUUUCACGAGGGACUUACGACGGAGCUCAAGCAUCGGUACAAGUGUCCUCAAAUUCACACCUCCAUCAUUCACCCGGACUGGACCAAGUCGGCCUUGACAGCACAUUCGGCCAUUAGCUCUGGGCUGGAAAAGAAAGGUGCCAAUCUACUCGAAACAGAGCAUGUCGCUGAGGCCAUGGUCAAUCAGAUAAUCGCCGCGGAGAGUGGGCAGAUAGUUCUUGGUCCGUUCAUCAACCGGACAGUUGGUCCCUUGAUCCGUGCCUUGCCGCUGUGGUGGCAGGAGUAUAUUCGCGAUGAUCAAGCCUACAUUGUCACUGGUAAUGGCACCACAGGAAAGCUAGAUUCUCACUAGAAAGUGCUGCUACUGGAGAGUUGAUUCCAGUCAAGACUGACAGACUCGAGGUUGCUAGGUGCAACUGCGCCACUCUCAUGUUGAUAGAUGUCUAUUCAGCAUAGUUCGAAAAUGUAGCUUCC